AUGGCCCCCACCAUGGCAACAUCGACUUACACGACCAGCCACAGAUCUCCCUUCCCCCUGCAGCUCUCCCCGCGGGCUCUGAGGUCACCCAUGGCAUUCGGCCAGUCCGAGAUCUUAUCCCCACGGGCUCUGGCCAAGCAGGAGAAGGACCUUUGCCUCCCGGCGCAAGAGUCGAUAUACAUCCACAGACCCGAUCAAGACUUUUGGACUGUUCGUUGUGCCGAAAUCCUCGACGGUCUGAUGCAAGCUGCCGGCUCUUACACGCCGGCCCAACGAGCCGCACACAUCCGUCUUCUGACCGAGAUCAUCGUCCCCGCCAUGGGCCCCCAUCCGUCAGCCGCCCCGACAAAGCCCUUGUUGACUGCCGACGGCUCUCCCUUUGAGCCUUCGUGGAACAUCACCGACUCGGGCUCCUCGUCCAUCCGCUUCUCCUUCGAGCCGAUGGGCCGCCAUGGCGGUUCUGAAUCGGACCCCUUCGCGCAAAAGAUAGUUCCUGCCAUCCUCCCGGCCCUGCGCAUGGUCGCUCACGGGGCCGACACACGGUGGUUUGAACAGUUCAUGUCCGCCCUCUUCCUGACGGAAUCCGAGACAAAGGCCGCGCUCGCCAAACUCCCCAAGGGAACCCGCGCGCCGACCUCGUUUCUGGCGUUCGAUCUCGACGGAGACAAGGCUGUCUUCAAGGCAUACUUCUUCCCUAUCCUCAAGCAUAUCGCCACGGGUGAAUCGCCAGAAAACAUCACCUUUAACGCCAUCCGCUCCCUGUCCCCAGGCGGCGCCGACCUCGCCCGCUCCGCCAACGCCACGGAAGCGUAUUUUAGAAAUGCACCCUUCUCAAUCCCCGUCGAGAUGAUUGCUCUGGACUGCAUCGAUCCGGCCGCGGGCGCCCGCGCCAAGCUCUACGCCCGCACACGCUCAAACGCCUUCAACGUCGUGCGCGAUGUCAUGACGCUCGGCGGCCAGAUCCACGACGAGACGACGCUGGAGGGCCUCGGCAUCCUCCGCAGCAUCUGGCACCUGUUGCACAACGAGCCGGAGCCCUACGGCGACGACUUUGACAAGCAGCCCAAGCUGCUGCAAACCCUCCACAAGGGCAUCUGCUACGGCUUCGAGCUCAAGCCCGGCGCCGAGUGGCCCGAGGUCAAGGCAUACGUGCCGCUGUGGCAGUAUGCUGGUAGCGACGCCGUCAUCUCAUCGAACCUGGCCAAGGCAUUCCGCUCGAGAGGCUGGCCCGUGGCCGAGACGUACGAGGACGCGAUGCCUUGCUGUUUCCCCCGUUCCAACCUGGGCAAGACCACGGGGACGCACUCAUACAUCUCCUUCGCCUUCUCCAAACAGAAGGGCGCCUACCUGACGAUCUACUACUCCAUCAGACCACAGGACUCGUUGAUGGCUUUCUGA